AAUAAACUCAACAAACAGUGAAACUGAUGUUAAUGAAUAACUUUUGUUUCUAGCGCGUUUUUUAUUUCAAAACCAACGUUAAUCAAUUACAGUUGUUUUUUCAAACAAUGAAAACAAUUUUAUUGCUCAUUUGUUUUUUCCGUGCUGCCAGAAGUGGUACGAAUGAUUUUUGCCCUGGUUUAACUCAAGCAUGUCCAACAUUUGCAAGCAUUCCAUAUUACCCAUUUUUACCAUCUUGGAGUUUUUUAUUUGAAGAAAAUCCACUCAUAUAUAAUGCUGGUAUAGAAGGAUCCCUGGCUUUCACCCUGAAUAGUGGAAAAAUAAUGUUGAUGCCAGAGAGAAGAGGAUCAGUUGUGUUUUGCGAUGCUGUAGCUAUUUGUUUAAAUACUUACAUCUAUACUGGAUUACCUGAUCAAACUUGUGUUAGUGAUUUAACUAAAUGCUCAAGUGGCGGUUUUACAUUUUCGUUAUGGGUGAAAAUAGGAGUAAAUGAAAAAGCGAGGUUAACAAAAAAUGCUCCUACCAACACAACUACUUUUAUUAACUUUCCAGGUCAAGGAAUGUCUAUAAAGUAUGAUCAUUACUUAGAAAAUUGGCAGGUUGUCGCAAGACAGGGAACAUUUUCUGGAGUUGUUCAAUUUUCUGGAAACAAUGCAGAAAGAUGGCAUCAUAUUGUUGGAAUAGCUUAUUCUAGUCUUUAUGUUUCUGCAUUCUUAGAUGGACAGUUUAUGGGAAACCAAACAAUGGACACUGUUUCGGGAAAUGCUUGGCCAGCAACAGCUGCUACAUUAUUUAAAGGUGGAGAAAAUCCUGCUAAUGGGCGUUUCUGGAUUGAUGACUUCAAAAUGUGGGCAACACCAUUAUCUGCUAGUCAAAUUCAAGAAAACUAUAUUGAUGAUUUUAUAGACUUUGACGAUUUCCAGGAUAAAUUGGAACAAUAGAUGGAGCAUAUCCAGUAACAUGUUCUGAGGGAGAAAAUGCAAAAUUGUAUCGAAACAAUAAAGUAUAUUUUUCUUGUAACUGACAAGUACUUAUAGUUCUUUCAAAAGAAAUUUUGUCUGCUUGUAAUCAGUGGACUUGAUCUGUUGAAGGAUCACGAGUUUUUACCAACUUAGCCAUUAAACAGAUUUAAAAAGCUUAUCAGCACAUCCAUGUUAUUGGACAACGCCCCAUAUUAUCAGCAUAGGUUUGACAGUGGAAGGUUGUUUCGGAAUUUGUUUGCAAUAUUCCUUUACAAAUAUAAACUAAAAAUUUUAUAAACAUUAUUGUAUUUUGCUUUGCUUCAUAACAUUGCCUUUCUACAAAAUGAUCUUUGGGUUUACGAUGAAAUUUAAAAUUAUAAAGAGGAAAUUUGUUCCAAAGCAUCUACGAGAUAAUGGUUCCAAAGCAUCUACGAAAAUAAUGACUUGAUUCUUUUUAUAAAUAUUUAACUUACCAAAUUAUAAAAACUUAGAAAAAAUUAUAAAAAGAUAAUCGAAAAAUAUCAACAA